CUGUUUAUAUUUAGUAAUCAUUAUCAUAUUGUAGAUGGUUUAUUAAAAGAGAUAGUUGGUAUAAGUCAAAAAUACCAUGGCUAUAUCACUGAUCUCAAAAAGGAAGGCUACUGCAUUUUGGGGUACUGUCGUAAAUCAAGGACUUCAGGCUCUUCAGAUGAAGUUGUCAAAUCACUUCAAAAUAUGAUUGCCGGUUUGAAAAGCAGGUCUUUAGUUGAUUAUGUUUAUGUCAGUGUCAGUUGUAAUGCCAAGACUCCACUUAGCAGACGAGACAUCAAAAAGAAUAAGAUCAUAGGAGAGCUAUCAGGAAUAAAUGGUGACGCACAAGAUAUGAUUAAGCAAUUAGCAAAGAAGAAUAAAGUAUGCUUAGUUGUCAUUGAUUCGGCGGGUUUGACUACAAACAUGAGCGAUCUUGAACUAUUUUUACGUGAGCAUAGAAAUUUGAAAAAAAUUAUCAUUGACACUCUUUCACAUGAUAAUCAAGUUCAUAUAGUUGAAUGCGCUGAAGAAAUCGUAAACCUCAAAUCUUUAUUUAGAUUCGAUGGCCGGCAAACCUUAAAUCAUCGUUCCAAGAUGUUACCCUUGUGUUAA